CGCCCGCCCACCCGCUUGAACCGCAGCCCCGCGCUGCGGAGAGUGUUGAGGGUGGUGCCAACGGCCUGCGUCGCGGAGCGGGAGUUGGCGCGGGAGAGCGGUGUUGAGGGACGGCCUAGCUCGGGCCCCGGGCCCUGCGUCUGCUGGCGGAGCCACUGAUCCUGCACACGCUGCGGGGCCGCAGCCGCCGGGCGGUGGGCGUCCCGGGAGCCAGGCAGCGACCUGGAGUUCUAGGCGGGUGCGGGCGUCGUCUCCACCGCCGGCGUCCUCCGAGGCUGCCCUCUGGCCAUGAUCGACUCGGUGAAGCUGCGCCGCGACAGCGCGGCCGACUUCUUCUCGCACUAUGAGUACCUGUGCGCGCUCCAGGAUUCCGUGCCGCUGCCCGCCGUGCGCGCCUGCCUGCGGGAGGGCGUGCUGGACUUCAACGCCGACCGCCUCCGCUUGGUGGACUGGGCGCCGCUCUUGAGCACCCUCAGGAUUAAUAAAGAUCUGCCCCUGGUCUCGAUCAAGAGUUUCUUCCAGCCGUGGCUUGCCGAAAUAGGUUCUGACAGAAGUAAAGUUUGUAGAAGUCGUGUUCCUGCUAUAAGAAACAAAGAUGUGACCUUCCAGCUCUGUAAAGCUCUUAAAUGCUGUUUAAGUGCAUCAAGUGCUCUAAAGAAUCUGGAGUUAAACGGACUAGUUCUGAGAGAGAGAGAUUUAACUGUUUUAACAAAAGGAUUGAAUAAAUCAGCCACUUUGGUGCACCUGUCUCUUGCAAAUUGUCCAGUUGGAGAUGGAGGUUUAGAAAGUACCCAAAGCCACUUUAGAUCCAAAGUGUUUAGAUUUGAUCUUUGCUGCUGCCAAAAUAGUAGCCUUGGGGGGACAUAUCAGACCAUAAGAAGACAUGAAGAAACCUGGGCUGAGAGUCUUCGUUACAGGAGACCUGAUCUUGACUGUAUGGCUGGCCUGAGGCGCGUCACUUUGAAUUGCAACACGCUCAUUGGUGACUUUGGCGCAAGUGCUUUUGCAGAAUCUCUUAGUGAGGAUUUAUGGCUUAGAGCUCUUGACCUGCAGCAGUGUGGCCUCACCAAUGAAGGAGCAAAGGCUUUACUAAAAGCCCUUGAAACCAAUAGAACUCUGGUUGUUCUGGAUAUAAGAAAAAAUCCACUUCAAUCAGAUUUCCCUGUGACUGUGACGGUAGAGAGUCCUUCGUCCUCAGAAAUCGAAGAAGUCGAUGACUCGUCAGAAAGUGUUCAUGAAGAGCCUGAGAAAACCAGUUUAAGACAAGAAGCAUUACAGUGUCUUUCUUUCAAUGCUUUAUCAAACAUAGGAUUGGCUACAAAGAAACCUGUAGGUAAUGGAAGAAAACAGUCCCCUGGUAAAGAAUAUUAUGCUCCUGAACCUCUGCCUCCUGGUGUGUCUGGUUUCCUGCCAUGGCGUACUGCAGAACGUGCAAAAAGGAACAGGGGUUUUCCAUUAAUCAAAACUCGUGACGUAUAUAGUCAGUUGCAGGAAAAACUGGAGGAGUGCCUAAAGCAGUUAAAGGAGGAAAGAGUAAUAAGGCUUAAGGCUGACAAACGAAUCAGUGAGUUUUGGGCAUUACUUUUUAAUGGCUGGCUUUGUUCAUUACUUAAUUUUUGUCUUCUUUUCUUUUGUUUUUCCCUCCAGUUUCAGAAAAUUACAGGUGAUGCUAGAAUUCCUUUGCCUCUUGACUCCUUGCAUGUUCCACUUUCUACUCAGGAGGCCUUAGAAACUUCCAAAGACAACUUGGGAGUCCAAGUCACUGAGCAACGGCAGGAGUCUUUUGAAGAAUUCAUUGCUAGAACAUGUUCUUCACCAGUAGAUGUGAUUUCUGGAACUGGAAGUCAAAGAAAAGAAGACGAGUUGUCCAGAAAUAGCAGAUCUUCUUCAGAGAAAAUGACUAACACAGGUGACUGCACCAAAAAACACUGUGCUAAGAAACAGCCUGGAAAGGACCUGCAUUCCCACUCCGACUCACCUAUAAGCCGGACAAGCAAAGGCAGCAGGCAAGAUAGCUCUUUGGUUAAUGAACCAUUUAAAAGUGAGUCUUUGAAAAAACACUUUUCUGUCAAGAAAGAAAGUAGAAUAGUGACUGCUUCAUCCAACACAACUAAAAGUAACCUCAAUCUUUUAGAACAUUCUGAAAGUGAUACUCUUGGAUCUGAUUUUGAAUUUCCAGAAAGCAUCCAUACUCUAUCACAUCUGACAUAGGUCUAAAUCUUUUGAAAUUAUGUUUUUGCCUUCAAUUUUUAAUAAAUUUCUUACAUUUUCAUUA